AUGUUCGCCACAGGGAGAGCGCAAGCUCGAGAUAAGCUCGGUUUCAAGGCGCAUGCGGCCAAGUGGACGCUUCUGCACGCAAUGGAGGAUCGAUGGGACACUACCGCAAGGUGUAGUUGCGGUGCUUGCGUGCGUGUGGGCUCGCCACGCCGGGGGCUAGACAAGCGUCAGGGCAGCACCGAGAUCUCUCGGAUCUGGCGCGCGCGCGAUCCUGAGCUGGAAAUCUUCGACCUGUCGCUGUCAGCUGGGUGUGCCGACGGGAUUGUCUCGGAGGUCGAGGCAACGGGUCCUCCAGGGCAGUCCGACUGGGCCUUGUGUAUGCGACGAGUGUCGCUUUGCUUGGAGAAUCUGCGUGAAUUUGUCGCGAUUGUGUCGUUGUCGAGCGAGAGCAGACUGCCUGGAUUCCUGCCACCGCUAAGCUUCUAUGGAAAAUACAGGAUGCAUUUCGCCGGCCAUGGGCUACGACCAAGUCAUUGUGUCAAUUCACGGGCACGGGCGAUCACCCAGCCCUACGACGUUCUGUGUGCCGUGCUUGGCGCAGGUUGCAUGAGCACAUAUCGAUGUGCCUUCAUGCGCAGAGAUGCCGCAAGCACAUUUUGCGACGCGUUUUUGGGGCGGAACUGGCUCUUUGGCGAUGUCUAUAAGUAA